CGGUCACGAGCUUUCUGCGAUGGAUCAUACUUUAUCACGGGACAAACUAUCUAUCGAUUCUGUUUAAUGGUGGAUGAUAUUGUGCCUGAUUCGCGGUUUUAUAAGACUAGAAGUUUCACAUAGAGACACAGACUCAAUGAUGUUGAUCACUGCGAUCCUCCUUCUGCUUCAACUUCAUUAUGGUUCUCCAAGCCUACGACGUGCAAAUGCGACAAACUACCGCAUUGGCCUCAAAAAUGAAACCCACGAAGAGUUCAUACAUCGAUUACUUAAGACCGGCUACAAUCCACACUUACGGCCAGGGUUGGAAAUAGAGCAAGUUGACCGUAUACUUGUUGGCGUCUACAUCAAUUCCUUCAGCGCCGUAGAUGAGAUCCAUAUGGAUUACUCCGUGAACGUGUACCUGCGCCGAGUCUGGAACGACAGUCGCCUGGCCUACUUCCCUGACUACAACGAGUCCAUGACCCUAAGUUACAUGCACAAAAACAUCUGGAGCCCGGACUUAUACUUUAUAAACGAAAAAAAGGGAUAUGUUCACACUAUAACGCAUGAGAACCGUCUCUUGAGCGUCAGUCCUUAUGGCAAGAUCACCCUGAGUGAAAAAAUGUCUAUCACCCUGACGUGUCAUAUGAAUUUGGAGUUUUAUCCACAUGAUGUCCAAGUAUGUGGCAUGUAUAUGGAGAGUUAUGGUUAUACAACGCAGGAGGUGAUGUUUGAUUGGCUACCCGGGGACAACGCCAUCCAUAAAAAUGAUGAUUUAGAGUUACCCGAGUUCACGAUAGGUGAAAUAAAAUGGGGCAAUUGUACGAAGAAUUAUUUAUUAGGAUCAUUUACGUGUCUCUACGCCAAAUUUUAUUUCAAACGGGAAAGUGGGUAUUACAUAAUACAGACCUACGUGCCUAGUAUUCUCUACGUCUUCCUCUCAUGGGUUAGUUUCUGGAUUGACUACAGAGCGGCGCCAGCGAGAAUCUCACUCGGACUCCUAACGGUGGUUGCUAUAACCACCCAGAGCGCAGGCGCGAGGUCACAACUUCCUCGAGUGUCAUAUAUCAAAGCAAUAGAUGUUUGGAUGGCGACUUGUCUGACUUUUGUGUUCGGAGCUCUGAUAGAGUUUGCCAUUGCUAAUUUCUUUGCCCGUCGAGCGGAAGCCAUUAAAAAUAGACUCGAAGAAGAAGCGAAACAGAGAUUGUUUAUGUCGGAAAAUGCUAAUUCUACGAUGGAGAUGGUUGAGACGCCUAUUGACGGGUCUGGCGAUAAUAACGAUAGGAAUACGAACCAUAAGGCCUACUACGAGGAAGACGAAGUCAGAGUCAGACUCCGGCACAGUUCGACAGGGACGAGUCUCCAAUCGCACUUCUCCCACCACGCGGCCGCCAAUAGAAAAAACGAUGCGUGUGCCGCGUUUUACGACGGCGCUGAUGCCACGGAUUUUUACUCUCGCUUUAUGUUCCCUCUCGCCUUUAUUGUAUUUAAUAUAACUUAUUGGAUCUACUACACACAGUCGACACAGAAUACGAAAUGAUAAGAAACUCACUCCACACAAACAUUCUUCUCAGUGAUGGAACCAGAGCGAGAAAACCAAGAUAGCACAGCGAAAUCAUGUGUACCAUAUCAUUCCUGUGGAAGUCCGUCAAUACAAUUUAAUACAUCUAAUCGUGAAAAUGAUUGUAUAGUUGUAUUGCCCGGGAAAGCGGUUGAGAUGGAAUGGUCAAUUAUUGGUAGAUCAUCGGUCUUCGACCCGUACUCCCGAACCCUGCAACAAAUCCGCCUCUUCCCUUUGAUUCAGGUUUAAUCCAGAGUUGGCGAGUGCGUGUGUGUGAAUUGUUGACUGCAUGAGAUGGCCUUGGGUGAUCUUGUCAAGCUGAUACCAAUGGUGAGAGGUGCAAGGGUAAGAUCAAGAAUCUCUUCUUUGGAAACAUUCGAUCAUCGUAUAUACUUAAAGAUUAUGUCCAGUCGCACAAAAUCACAUUUCGGCAUUGUUGAUUUGAAUGAAAAACUACAUUUUAUAGCUCCAUUCUCGCGGUAUUUGGUGAAACAAACAAUUUCGGUGUCAAUUCCUCAAACUAAAAACAUGAAAUUUGAUAUGAGAAGGUGCGGCCUAAUUCUUGUGUGUGAACGUGUUUGUUGUGUGUGAGUGUGCGUAUAAUCGGUGUCAAACCAAUAAUUGGUCGUGUACAGUUGUAAAGUUUUGGUAAUAAAACGUCGUAUUUCUCCAAAUGCGUGUCAUGAUUUACACUGGACUCACUUGCAAAUUCCAAGACAACAAUAUAACCCACAGGAUUCCUUAUUUGUUUGACAGAUUUCGGAGACUGUGGGCGAUAAAUGCCUGUCUGAAAGAAGAAAAAUUAACCCGUGGCCACCAUCAAGAACUACAAAACCUACGAAUCGCAGUAAAGCACCACCACCAACACUAAUACGAUGCUUGUUUACGGUAAAAGAUUGCAAAUAUCUGCUUAAGGACAGCUUUGGUGUCAUUUCUGUACCGCCUACCGCCACCUAAGCAGUAAAUGUAAAAAUUGCAAGCAUAGUUACUGAUCCACACCAGAAAUGUCACACCAUUCUCCAACAUGUAGCGUAGAUUCCAAUAUGGCUUCGUCAUGUCAUACCGAGAGCUGACCUCGGGAAUUCCAUGGA